AUGACUGCCUUAACGUCUCUUUCCGGCUUCCCAUAUCUCACACACGAUGAGUUCACGGCGGCGUGUCGUGCCCUGAUUUCAAGAGUGGAUACUUUUCUCCAUCACGACGAAGGCGAUCCUACCACUAGCCUAGGUUGGACAGGUGUGAGGCUUGAAAAAAAAGAUGACGAAGUAGUCUUGAUAAUCCAGAAGAAGCUCGACGACCGAAAGUCUACUUCCCCGCAGCAUCUGAAACAUCCGGGUGAUACAUUGAAGAAUGAGGUAGAAGAGGAUGAUGAUGAUAUGGCUGACAUUGUCGAGCUCAAUGAUGAUGAUGAUGAUGAUGAUGAUGAUGAUGAUGAUGAUGAUGAUGAUGACGAUGAUGAUGAUGAUGACGUUAAUGAUGAUAAUGAUCCCGAAGAGCUCAUUCGACAAGCAUGCACGAACCUGCAAGUAGAGUACAAUAUUAUGCUGUCCCCUACGUAUCAAGUCCCGAUCCUGUAUUUCUUCCUGCACGACACCAAAAACGACAGCAGUGGCAUGUCUUCUAAAAUUCCAGAUCGUCAUCUGGAUCUAAUUUACAAUCGUAUUGUUCCCGCACCGUAUCGAUCGGAACUAAAAAGCGUUGGCAUAUUGGGCGGUCUGAGCAUCGGGCAGGGAGUAAACCAGAAGUAA